AUGGGUCGCCUCAUCAAGAACCACUGGGCUCGCCUCAUCGUCAUGACAGCGUCAGCUUAUCAAGUUGCUGCUGCCAUCGAGGGCUUCUUCUGGCCUAAGAUCUUCUGGGACUUCCUCACCAAGACAUUGGAUCCGGCUGUCAAGCCUAUACCGGCCCUUCAAAUCAUAAAUCUGGUUAUGGGCUUGUUCAUGUUCGCUCUCGAAUGGCCCAUGCCUCUACUUGCCGGCACGGCACUUCACCGCAGCCUCGAGUUCCGUCUCGUCAUGUUGCCUCUUACCACCCUCGCCGCCUCUCUUCUUUACCAGGCGACGAACCCAGCAAUCUACUACCUCACCGCCCUGAUUGUGUACUUCUGGGCUUACAGCGAGGGCGAGAUCAUUUGCGCAAGCCCCUGGUCUCUGCCCCAACGAGCCCGCUCCAGCGGUCCGCGCGUGUAA